UCCAGCAAUUUCGCAGCCGGGUCUUGAUGUGCUACACAAUUUCGGCAUCAAUUUUGAGAUGGCUAUGGUAAACAAAAAGAAAAAGUCCUUUAUAGGACUACCAGCUCCUCUAGGCUAUGUGCCUGGUUUAGGGAGAGGUGCGACUGGCUUCACAACAAGAUCUGAUAUUGGUCCUGCCAGGGAUGCCAGUGAUGUCAGCGAUGACCGCCAUGCCCCUCCUGUAAAGAAAGCCAAACAUGACGAUGAUGAUGAUGAAGAUCUUAACGAUGCCAAUUAUGACGAGUUCACUGGCUAUGGAGGAAGUAUUUGUGGCAAAGAUCCUUAUGACAAGGAUGACGAAGAAGCUGACCAGAUCUACGAUUCUGUCGACAAACGUAUGGAUGAGAGAAGAAAGGAGAGGCGGGAGAUGAGACUCAAGGAAGAAAUUGAGAAGUUCCGUCAAGAGCGGCCAAAAAUUCAGCAGCAGUUUUCAGAUUUAAAGCGUGAGCUGGCAGAUGUAAGCUUUGACGAGUGGGCCAGUCUACCAGAUGUAGGAGACGCCAGAAAUAAGAGACAAAGAAAUCCAAAGGCUGACAAGUUUACACCUGUUCCUGACACAUUCCUGGCAAACGCAGCUUCAAAACAAGACGGAAAUGUGGCAGUAUCAGCAAGAGAUCAGUUUGGUAUUGCCACCCCCUAUGGAGCAAUGACCCCAGGGUUGUCAACUCCUGCUGCCGACAUUGACAUGAAGAAAAUAGGACAGGCCAGAAACACACUGAUGGACAUCAAACUCACGCAGGUGUCAGACUCGGUCAGUGGCCAAACUGUGGUGGACCCCAAGGGCUACCUGACUGACCUACAGUCCAUGCUGCCCUCUCACGGUGGAGAUAUCAGUGAUGUCAAGAAGGCAAGGUUGCUAUUGAAGUCAGUGAGAGAAACCAACCCCAAGCACCCGCCAGCUUGGAUAGCCUCUGCCAGACUGGAGGAAGUGACGGGGAAACUCCAGGCGGCCAGAAAUCUGAUCAUGAAGGGAUGUGAGGAGUGUCCCAACAGUGAGGAUGUGUGGCUGGAGGCUGCGAGACUCAUGCCAGGAGACCAGGCCAAGGCAGUGGUGGCCCAGGCAGUGAGAUCUCUGCAGCAUUCAGUGAGGGUGUGGAUCAAGGCAGCAGACCUGGAGGUGGAGCUGAAGGGAAAGAAGAGGGUGUUCAGGAAGGCCUUGGAGCAUGUCCCAAACUCUGUGCGCCUGUGGAAGGCGGCAGUAGAGCUGGAGGAGGAGGAGGACGCCAGGAUUAUGUUGAGUAGAGCAGUGGAGUGUUGUCCCACCAGUGUGGAGCUGUGGCUUGCGUUAGCCAGGUUAGAGAACUACGAGAAUGCCAGGAAAGUGCUGAACAAGGCGAGAGAAAACAUCCCCACAGACAGACAGAUCUGGGUCACGGCCGCCAAGCUGGAGGAAGCCCACGGCAACACACACAUGGUGGAGAAGAUCAUAGAAAGAGCCCUGAACUCUCUGCGGGCCAACAUGGUGGAGAUCAGCAGAGACCAGUGGAUCAAGGAUGCCGAGGACUGCGAGAAAUCUGGGAGUAUUCACACCUGUCAGGCCAUCAUUCGAGCAGUUGUUGGUGUUGGAGUUGAAGAUGAGGACAGAAAACACACUUGGAUGGAAGAUGCAGAAUCUUGUGCAUCCCAGGGUGCCGUGGAGUGCGCCAGGGCCAUUUACGCACAUGCACUUUCUGUGUUCCCCAGCAAGAAGAGUAUCUGGCUACGAGCAGCCUUCUUUGAGAAGAAUUAUGGGACAAAGGAAUCUCUGGAAACCCUCCUUCAGAAGGCCGUUGCCCACUGCCCCAAGGCAGAAACUCUGUGGCUGAUGGGAGCCAAAUCAAAAUGGCUGACGGGAGACGUACCAGCUGCCAGAAGCAUUCUGGCCCUUGCCUUCCAAGCCAAUCCAAACAGCGAGGAGAUAUGGCUGGCAGCUGUGAAACUGGAGAGCGAGAACAACGAGUUUGAGAGAUCACGAAGGUUGCUGGAGAAAGCACGUGCCAGUGCACCUACUGCUAGGGUGUGGAUGAAGUCAGUGAAGUUGGAGUGGUGUUUGGGAGACAUCAAAAGAGCAAAAGCCUUUCUUCAGGAGGCAGUAAAUCAUUACCCAGACUUUGCCAAGUUGUGGAUGAUGAAAGGUCAGAUAGAGGAACAGCUGGGGAACAAUGUGGAGGCCAGAGAGGCUUACAGUCAGGGGUUAAAGAAGUGUCCCGGGGCCAUCCCGAUGUGGAUCCUGUUGUCCCAGUUGGAAGAGAGGACGGGACAGCUGAUCAAGGCUAGGUCCAUCCUGGAGAAGGCUCGUCUCAGGAAUCCCCAGUGUGCUGAGCUUUGGCUGGAGGCUGUGAGGGUUGAAGUAAGAGGAGGACUGAAGAAUAUCGCACAAACGCUAAUGGCAAAAGCCCUCCAGGAAUGCCCCAGUGCAGGUAUUUUGUGGGCAGAGGCAGUUUUCAUGGAGGCCAGACCCCAGAGGAAGACCAAGUCUGUGGAUGCCUUGAAACGCUGCGAGCACGACCCGAAUGUGCUGUUGGCAGUCUCAAAGUUGUUUUGGAGUGAGAGGAAGAUCAGCAAGGCCAGAGACUGGUUUACAAGGACAGUAAAACUGGACCCGGAUAACGGGGACGCCUGGGCAACCUUUUAUAAGUUUGAGAUGAUUCAUGGAACGGAGGACCAGCAGCGUGAGGUGAGAACAAGAUGCCUGGCCCAGGAACCUCAUCACGGUGAAAAGUGGUGUAAAAUAUCCAAAGAUAUCAAAAAUUGGAGAAAAAAGACGGAAGAAAUACUAGAAACAGUCGCUGCAUCCAUACAAAUACCAACGUGAAGAACGCUUUCCAAAUUUCAAGGAUGAAGACUGAAGAACUACUAAAAACAGUAGCUGCAUUGAUGUAAAUACUGUCCUGAAUGAAACUUUUCCAAUCAGAAAUUGGAAGAAAAAAUACAGGGCUUCUAGAAACUGUAUGUGCAUCUAUUAGAAAAUUAUAAGAACAGGAAAGAUUUUCUAGAAACCAUGGAUUCACAGACAGAACAUCUAAAAAUAAUGUCUGCAUCCAGGCAACUAGAAGCAAUUCAUUUUGUAUUGACAUUAAUUUUGUUGUUAACCGAGAGCUCAUUUGCACACUAAUUGGUGUCAAGGAAAUUUGAUGUAAGGAAAGCUGCCCAGCAUGCUGUAUUCUAAAGCAACUGUUUUCACUUGGUGGGAAAAUGUGUUCAAAAUAACUAGAUUGAUAUAUUCGUGAAAACUAAAUUCCUUAUUUUUCAAAAAUCCUGUGUGGGCUGCUUUGUCUUAAUUUCAUUCAGAGGAACAACUGAAGCUGGCAGUAAAUUGUAAUUUCACUGUUUACUGAUCUUAUGAAACCAUUGAUAUAUGGGGCGGGGUGAAUGAUAACAAGCCACCUGAGGAAAAAAAAAAAACACUCGACAGGAAAAAGGUAUUUCAGGUACCUAGUAGCAUUGAAGUGUUUAAUUCAGCACUUGGCUUAGGAGAGAAUUACCAGAAAAAACAAUCUCAUAUUUUAUUGUGAUAUAUGAAAAAGCCAAUAAAUAA